AUGGGCCACGGCGGUCCUAGCUGGCUGAUCACACUAACCAAUUUGAGAAGCUUGCGCUUGCAAUUCUGCCAAAGCCCUAAGAUUCUUCAUGCUUUGAGGAAACUCCAACCACUUGAAACACUAGAAUUAUAUGUUUUACGAGGUAUAGAUAAGGUUGGACCUGAAUUUUUCAAAGUAGAAAUUAAAAGCAACAUGAUUACUACAAGAAUAAGCGGUACUACUGGUCGGGAUGAUGAUGAUGGUGCAACAAUGGUGAAUCUUUUCCCCAAGCUUAAACGAAUUUUGUUUAAUUUGCCGUGGUGUUUCGAAUGGGCGGGAAUACUAAGGUGGAGUGUGGAUAGUCCUGUCAGAAUAAUGCCACGGCUUGAAUACCUCAAGCUUCAAGGCUGUUAUCCUCUAAAGGCGUUACCCGACUUCCUCCGGACAACACCAUUGAAGCAUUUGAUCAUAGAAGAUUGUCCGGAGUUAGAUGAGCAUUGUCGAGAACCGUCAGGAAAGGCGUGGAUCCAAAUUCAGCAUGUUCCAGACAUCCAGAUUCUCUAA